GAGAGAGAGAGAGAGAGAGAGAGAGAGUGAAGCUGUGUCCCAUAUGUGGGAAAAAAAGCAUAGCAGUGCACACCAGGUCUGGUCUGCUCCAGGGAUUAUCGUAGCACUUUCAGCUCUGAUGGAGGACUUGCAGGCAUGAAUAGGGCUGUUCUGUUGUCAGUGCGAGCUCAUGCUUGUGAUGGACUACAGCCGGAUGGACACUAACCUUACCUGGCAUUCACAAAACAGCGUUCCUCCUUACUGAGACCAGCUCCACAGAAUGCUGAGUCCUAUUGUCCCCUACAGCCUGUUAAAGAUGCACUGGAAUCCAGAGCAUGCCCAGUCGCUCAGCCAGUGGCCUGAGCAGCACCUGGAUGUCUCCUCCACCACCUCCUCUCCGGCCCACAAGUCUGACAUCUACUCUGGCCGAGGCCGUGGCUCCUUCAACUAUGCCUGGGCCAACGAUGACAUCUCUGCUCUGACAGCAUCAAACCUGUUAAAGCGCUAUGCUGAGAAGUACUCUGGUGUACUUGACUCUCCCUAUGAACGGCCGCCUACUGUAGGUGUUUACCCAGAGCCAGGGGCCUUUGGGGGCCUAAAUGGCCCGAAGACCGAACUGGAGCCCUGGCCACUGACGCACAACACUGACGCCUCCUAUUCCCUAGUGCCCCCUGGAGGCCAUGAUAGUCUCUCAGGCUCCAAGGCUGUAGCCACUUCUGCAGGCCCGCCGGGGGUCAGCAGUGUGUCGGUGGUAAACAGUAACCUCUCAGACUCAGGCUACAGCGGCAGCAGCUCCUGUAGUGGCUCUAGUGAGUACCCCUCCAGCUACAAUGGAACCUAUCUUUCUUCAGGGUACUGUCCCCAACCCAGUGCAGCACUUCCCCCUGCCUCCCUUCACACUCUCCAAUCCACACCAUCUCUGGUUGCCAGCUAUAGCCCUUCAACACCUGUCUAUAACUACCCCCCUAGCACAUACCCUCCCCAGACCAGCCUUGCCCCAAGCUACAGCCACCACUCUGCCACUUACCUGCCUCCAGGUCUAUCAGCCCCUACUCCUAUCCCCUCGAGGCCCACAGUGGUAGGAGGCAGCUACAGUUACCAGAGCACCAACCUCGGGACAUCUGAGUCGGGGGGGACAUUAAAAAGAAAAGCGUUCGAGAUGAGCGUAGACGAGGAUGAGAACGGGGACGGCUCUCGUUACAGGAAAUACAGCUAUAACUUGAAAGCCGGGGGAAACUCACCCUACAGUGUGAAUGACAAAACAGAGUGCCGGGGAAACGGCUUUAGCAGCUCAGGCAGCACAGACCCUCAAACAUUUAAGCCCAGUAAGCCCUCCUCUCAACCUCUGGUGUCUCCCCAGUACGGUGCAGGGCAGUACAGCCCUCAGGCAGGCAUGACGGGUGAGAAUGUGGUGUCGGAGCAGGACUACAUCCAGCAGCAACAGCAACACCCCUCCCAGGCCCACAAGCGCCCUCCUUUAUGUGCUCCUACUGUUGAGUCUAUGAAGAGCCCAGAUCCCCGAAUGUUGGAUCUUGUCAAUGGGGAGUUACUAGACUGUAGCCCAGCACUGGGCUGGGGCGAGCUGACCGGGCUCACCCAUGUCAAGACUGCCCUUGAGGAGGACCUCCUGUGGCCUGUGUUGAGGCCCAGUCCAGUGGUGCGGCCGCCACGAACCGUCCUGCUUUUUGGUCCGAAGGGUGGGGGUAAGACAACCUUGACUCGUUCUUUGGCUUCACAGCUUGGGGCUUCGUUUUACCGACUGAGAGGAACCACACUGGCCUCUAAAGGGAAGGCAGAGGCAGAGCACAUUCUGGGGUCUCUUUUGCAAGCUGCAGGGGCACGGCAGCCCUCGGUGGUGCUGCUCAGCCAGGUGGAGGCAAUGGAGGAAGAAGGGCUGAGGCAGACCCUGCUGACCACUUUGGAGAAGGCCCAGGUGGGAACAACGGGUCUGGUGAUUCUUGUUUGUGCCACUGGCAGGCCAGAUCUUCUGCAAGAUGCAGUUCAUCGGAGCUUUGCCAAGCGGUAUCAUGUCGGCCUGCCUGAUGUGGGUAUGCGCAGGCAGGUGCUGCUGCAAACGCUGUCACCGCAGGGCUGCAGUCUGAGCGAGAGGGAGCUGAGCGCUGUCCUUCAGCGCACAGAGGGCUUCUCAGUGUGUGAGCUGCUUCAGCUCACCCAGCAGGCACUCUCCUCUGCAGCCUCACCCACUGGGGCCAUGCACGGCCUCCCUACCUCCUCUAAACCCCCAGCCUUCACAGACUUUGAGAAUGCCUUCUGCAAGGUGCGCCCACACACCACCGCAAAAGAACUGGACACUUGUACAGAAUGGAGCAAGAUGUAUAACCACUGAGAAAGUAGCCAGUCGCUGUACUCGGACAUUACAACCCUGUCUUUGGUUUGACAUAGCAAGCCUUGGGAAUGUUUUGUUGUUGUUUUGUAAUUACAGAUUAUGCAGCCAAAAGAGCCAGUGAAUCUAAACAAAUGAAAGGACUGACAGAAUUGUUUCACUGGCAGAAGCAUGCUAUGGUGUGCUGUCUUUGUUUUCACGUGAAUAUCCGCAAUAUUAAGUUUUUCCCAAAGAAGAGACAGAUGAAAAGGCCUUGUUGAGUGGGGUAGUUUAUUAGUCUAUUGGCUAAUGGGAAAAUCAGCUUAAAUUCUAUUUGGAUUCUUUCGGAGAUCCUGAUUAGCCUUGGUCCAGGACAAAAUCAAUUAUUUGUUGCUAGGUGACGUGGUCCAAGAUUAUGGAUAAUCAGGGUUUGGAAAUCCCCCCUUUGACUGCUUCUCUCAGGAUCCUAUUUAUUGCCAAUCUACUUCCAUGUUCUACUAAUGUUGAUUUUGUCAUUGGAUUGUCACUAAUUCAGUACAAAGGGCUGGGGAUCGACACCAGUUUUUUGUUUUUGUUUUUACCAAAAACACAUCAAACCAAAUGCAUAAUCAGCUGUUAUUGUACUUAGGGUCAAAACAGAAACAAAAAAACAGAAACAAUUCUUCUUGAAAGCUUCUCACCAAAUGUAAUACAGUUUGUCCUUACAAUUACAAAAAGAAAGAAGGAAGUUAAAUUGCUUUUGUCAAGUCUUGACUGCGACUGGGGUACAGCACUCUCUAGUUGAUAUCAACAUGUUUGGUUGUAUAAAUACUUCCCUUUUAUUGUCAUUAGAAUCACCAAUGAAAUUAUACUCACAAUUAGAUUGGUACAAUUUUCAGUUAACUAAUUAUAAUUUGGGGUUUUUUGUCUGCAACUUUCCCAGACGUUUUUGUCCAUUUCACAUUCCUGAUUGUCUCCAGUUUUCCUGAGAAUCCUUUUCACCGAACAAAAGGUACCUUUUGCACCCCCAGCUUCUCCGACAGCCCGCCUGUUUGUGUCACGUACUCCUUUUGUUUUCUUAGUAUGUAGUCUUGUUUGAAAUCCUCAGGAAGAAUUUUUUUUACCUCAGAAAUAUGAAAUUAAAGAAUGUAUGUAAUCAUAGGGUCUUAGUAGAGAGUGGUGCGAUGAGAGAGAAAGGCGCGAGGAGAAACCUGACAAGUCUCGUAACACCCACUACAGCUGGGCUUUUACCUCGGGAGAGAAACUUGAAUAUGCUACAAAGAGUAACAUUGAAUGUAAUUCAGGUAUUUCAAAGGAUAUUUGAUGCCAUAAAUCCAUGUAUUAUUAUAUAUGAAUAUAUAGAUACAUUUUCUUUUUUCUGUUUUUUUUCUGUUUAUUUUUAUUGUAGUUUAUGGUGGAGUGAUGAUUGUCUUCAAGAAGUGUUAUAUAGAAUACUGAAAAUAUUCCUUUUUUUGUUGGACAAACUGCUUGCAAACAUGUGUGAUUUGGGUUAUACAUAUCCUCUAUAUGAAUGUCUUUAAAAUCAUCCUAAAUCAAAAUAUCUGUUUUAUGUACACAUACAUUUAAAGUCAUGGCAACAUUUAAGCACAGUUUAUCUACCAAAAGGACAAACCAAAUGACAGAUUCCAAAAAAGAGUAAAGAAUACGUGGUUUGAUGUAGCUUUCAAUAAAUCCCAAAGUCUGAUGGGCAAUGCAGUGUAUGUGUGCAUAUUGUGGAUGAAGCCACCAUGUAGACAAUCCAGACAUAUCUCCUCCUUCCACCCGUCCUACGGUUCUAUUUUAACAAGCUGGAAAAACUUGCUCACUGGGCUGCAAGUACAGAGGUCGUAUGUAUGAGACUGUUGCCAUGGUCCUGAGGAGGAAUACACAGAAUGAUGUAAUAUUUCCUACCACCCCCCCCUCCCUCUGUCUCUCCCUCCCUCUCUCUCAUCAUUAUUUUUCUCUUUUUCUCUGUCCACAGUGCAAUCUCAUUAGAUUGGAUUGCCCCCUGGCCACAAGCCCCAGUGGCCAUGUGGCGUUGUAUCCUCUCCCCCCAACCACCCCUUCACCUUCCCGUUCCCUUGUACCGAUUCCUCUGCGGAGUGGAAGUGGUCUGAUUGAUGUCCAGCAACCCUAUAUCACAGUGCAGCCGUCCCUCUCCAGCUGGUGGCUUCAGUCAUGCUGUACAGCCAGAUCAAUCAGGCUGACCCCCACUGUGCAUACUGAUCAGUGUCGCAGAAACUGAAAACACAUUUACAAAUUACAGAACAACCCCUGCCUCAAGCUUUGCACUCUAGGUAAAGCUGUCCAUUAUUAUUAGAAUAGUCAAAAUUAAAUUAUAAAAUACAUUUAGAGCUUUGAAUAGCUUCAUCAUUUUGAUUUGUAGGUGUUCCCUUUACUCCAACAGUUUGUCCAACUAAACAAGCUUUUAUAUUUUAACAUGUUUUGAUCUGUUAUUGCGGUAAAUUUGUUCUUGGUUAUUGUAGUUUUUCUGUAACCAUUUCUACCUCAUUUUUGCGACAUAUUGUACAUGAAAGUAUUUAUUUCAUGUCUUUUUUGAUGUCUGUUUUAAAAAUGAUAAUAAUGUUCUUGAACUGUAAUGGUCUACCUCAGAAAAGACUGUAUUUUAAGAGAAAAG